UAAAGACAAAAACGCCUGAUUAUAAUCAUUCUGACCCUCCAUUUUUUAUCCCCUUAACAUCACCACAUCACAUCGCAUUAUUCCAUCUCCAUCGUUACUGCAAACUUUAAGCAAACAAUGGAUUCAAAGGAAAUUGAAUAUCAUGUCCCAAUGUUUUUUAAGGUCUACAAAGAUGGCAGUAUCGAAAAGUAUGGUAAACAUGAUUAUGCCCCUCCUUCCGAUAAUCCAAUCACCGGUGUUCGAUCCAAAGAUAUAGUUGUCAUACCGGAGAACAAUGUAAAGGUACGCCUUUACCUUCCUAAAAUCACCCAAAAUGAUGAUCAGAAAUUUCCACUCCUUGUGUAUUUCCAUGGGGGAGGGUUUGUGAUCGAAUCGGCGUUUUCUUCUUACUAUCAUAGUUAUCUCCACUCUCUAGCUGCAGAAACCAAUGUACUUAUCGUAUCCGUUGAGUACCGAUUAGCCCCUGAACACAAAAUUCCUGCCUGUUAUGAUGAUUCCUGGGCUGCUAUGAAAUGGGUCUCUCAGCAGGCCAAUAGCGAACAGGGAACUGAACCAUGGCUGAAAAAUCACGCUGACUUCUCCCUAGUUUUCUUGUCAGUUGAUAUGACCCCUUUUUUCGUCCUCUACAAUAAUGGCACCAUCAAUCGACUCCGUCCAGCAGACAAUGCUCCGCUUUCGAACGAUCCAGAAGCUCCUGUCCGAACUUGUGUAUCAUGAAACGUAAUAAUUUCAACCCGUUCCACUGUGCAU